CAUGCGCGGCUGCCCGGCGCGGUCAUGGCGGCGCCCGUGAGCCUGCGGGAGCUGCUGCAGAGCGCGGAGCCGGCGGCGGCGGGCGAGGAGGAGCUGUGCGUGGUGGGCAUCUUCGGCAAGACGGCGCUGCAGCUGUGCUCCGAGAAGGCGGCGCUGGUGAGCACCGUGUGCGACCGCCAGGUCUUCCCGCUCUUCCAGCGGGACGAGGCGGCCGGGGCCGGGGGAGCCCUCGCGGACUACAACCAGCUGCAGGCCUACCACAGCGCGGACAGCAAGGUGCUGUACCUGGUGCUAAGCUCCAUCUGCGACGCGCCGCAGCUGCUGCGGGCCUGCCGCGAACUGGGCCCGCCGGGCCCCGGGCAGCUGCCGCAUGCCGAGGCACACGAGCUGUGGAAGCAGCAGGAGAAGCUGCACUGCCUGAGUCUGCUCUACCUCUUCUCCGUGUGCCACGUGCUGCUGCUGGCACACCCCACCUGCGCCUUCGACAUCACCUACGACCGCGUCUUCCGGGCGCUCGACGGCCUGCGCCAGAAAGUGCUGCCCAGCCUCAAGGCUGCCAUCAAGGACUGCCCCGUGGGUAAGGAGUGGAAGCUGAACUGCCGGCCCUGCCCUCCCCGCCUGCUCUUCCUCUUCCAGCUCAACGGGGCCCUCAAGGUGGACCCCCCUCCCGGCCGCGGCCAGGACCCCUGCGCCCACUUGGAGAAGCCGCCGCCCAAGAAGCACUCGCCCAAGCGGCGGCUGCAGCACGCGCUGGAGGACCAGAUCUACCGCAUCUUCCGCAAGAGCCGGGUGCUGACCAACCAGAGCAUCAACUGCCUCUUCACCGUGCCCGCCAACCAGGCCUUCGUCUACAUUGUGGCCGGCGGGCCGCAGGAUGGCGAGGACCCCGUGGCCGUGCUGCUGGAGCAGCUCCGGAGCAACUGCACCACACGGGAGGCGGAGAACCUGCUGGCGCCCACCCUGUCGGGGCCGCGGCGGUACCAGAUGAUGAGGCACGGCCGGCAGCAGCUGUCCUUCCACGCCGAGAGCAGCAGCUCCAGCUCCAGCUCCUCCGGGCAGCUGGUGGACUGCACCCUCAAGGAGUUCCUGUGGCAGCACGUGGAGCUGGUGCUCAGCAAGAAAGGCUUCGACGACAGCGUGGGGAGGAACCCCCAGCCCUCCCACUUCGAGCUCCCGACCUACCAGAAGUGGGUGGCCACCGCGCAGAAAUUAUACGAGGUGACCAUCGAGGGGAAAGACGACGACCCGGCCUCUCUCACAGGGGAGCUGAGCUCCAAAAUCAUGGGCAGCAUCAAAGUCUUGGAAGGGUAUCUCGACAUCGACACCAAGUUUUCUGAAAACCGGUGCCAGAAGGCCCUUCCCAUGGCCCACAGUGCUUACCAGUCCAACCUGCCCCAUAACUACACCAUGACAGUCCACAAAAAUCAGCUGGCACAGGCUUUGCGGGUGUACAGCCAGCAUGCCCGGGGACCAGCCUUUCACAAGUACGCCAUGCAGCUUCAUGAAGACUGUUACAAGUUCUGGAGCAACGGGCAUCAGCUGUGCGAGGAGCGAAGCUUAACAGACCAGCACUGCGUGCACAAAUUCCACUUGCUUCCAAAAUCAGGGGAAAAACCAGAAGCAGAUAGAAAUCCUCCGGUGUUAUAUCACAACAGCCGGGCUCGUUCAACUGGCGCCUGUAAUUGUGGAAGGAAACAAGCACCCCGGGAUGAUCCCUUUGAUAUCAAAGCAGCUAAUUAUGACUUCUACCAGGCACUGGAAGAAAAAUGCUGCGGGAAACUGGAGCACAUCAACUUCCCAGUAUUUCAGCCAAGUACCCCAGAUCCAGCACCUGCCAAGAAUGAGUCAUCCCCUGCCCCUCCAGAGGGAGAAGUUGAAAAACUUAAAGAAAAAGAGCCUCAAACGCAAGGAGAGAGCACCAGCUUGAGUUUAGCCCUUAGUCUAGGCCAGUCGACAGACAGCCUUGGCACCUACCCAGCUGAUCCUCAAGGUGGAGGAGACAAUGCAGAAGCCCAUGGGCAAGGAGGAGAAUCUAAAAGUGAGAAAAGGCCAAGCCUAGUAGAUCGCCAGGCGUCCACUGUGGAGUAUCUCCCUGGCAUGCUUCAUUCUAAUUGCCCUAAGGGCCUUCUGCCCAAAUUCUCCAGCUGGUCCUUGGUCAAACUUGGCCCUGCUAAGGCUUACAACUUCCACACAGGCUUAGACCAGCAAGGCUUCAUCCCAGGAACAAACUACCUAAUGCCUUGGGACAUUGCCAUCCGGACAAGACCUGAAGAAGAGGGAGAUCUAGACACCAAUUCCUGGCCUGCUCCGAAUAAGGCUGUUCCUGGCAAAAGAAGUGCGGUUGUAAUGGGUAGGGGAAGACGGAGAGAUGACAUGGCUCGAGCCUUUGUCGGGUUCGAAUACGAAGAUGCACGUGGCCGAAGGUUCAUGUGUUCAGGGCCUGAUAAAGUCAUGAAGGUGAUGGGAGGUGGCCCUAAAGAAUCCGCUAUCAAAGCCCUUAAUUCGGACAUGCCCUUAUACAUCCUGUCAUCAACCCAGGGGCGAGGACUAAAACCCCACUACGCUCAGUUCAUGAGACUCUUCGUUGUGGUACCAGAUGCUCCAUUGCAGAUAAUACUGACACCUCAGGUUCAGCCAGGGCCUCCACCUUGUCCUGUAUUUUAUCCUGAGAAACAGGAAAUAACCCUGCCAGCUGAUGGACUGUGGGUGCUGCGCUUCCCCUAUGCUUAUGUUACAGAGCGUGGGCCCUGUUUCCCUCCCAAAGAAAACCAGCAGUUAAUGAGUUACAAGGUUCUCCGGGGAAUUCUGAAAGCCGUCACUCAGUGAGCAUCCUACUGUGAGACUGGGCCUCGUUGAAGUGAUUUCCCUCCCCCCGCCAAAUUAUGGAUUUUGAUUCAUGACUCUUGUUAUUUUGACAGUGAUCAGUGCUUAACUUAGCAAAACCCACGGUAUUUAAAGUUGAUAGCAUCCAGCCCUGAAUAAAUAUCUGAGAAUCGGAGAGAAUCAGAGAAGGCAAUUGAAAUGUGGGCUUUAUUUCUCUUGUGGAUUUGUUCAUCAUAGAAAACUAAAAGAAGCUGGUUACUUUAUUGUAUUUGAGCCUGUCUCCAAACACUUUGAACUAAUGCUUCCUCUUACAGAUUUUUUUCUAUAUUCAUAGCUGGAAAUUUAUAUAUAACAAUGACCAGAUUGCACCCAGAGUUUUGUUUUGUUAUACUGAGGUAGUGAGAGAACUCUUUUUCUUCUUUUGGUGCCCUUACCCAGACUUUUCUCAGCCAAAAAUAUGGAGCCCUUUACCUUGCUCUUAUAAAUUUCUUGUCUUGUUAUGGUGUCUUGCAAGCUGAAAUUUUCUGUUAUCUUUUCCAGAUUCAUCUUAAUUCCAUUAGUGCCACAGUCCCUGUUCAUCUAAGGCAGACUCGUUUAAACACUUGCUUGAAAUAGGCUAUAUUCCUGGACCCAGGGCCCCCUAAUCUUUUUUUUUUUGAGGUUUAUACUGUGCUGGGGUUGUGGGUUUUUUUUUCUUGUUUAUCUUUUUUUUUUUUUUCCUUGUUGUUUUACCAAAGUAAAACAUAGAAAACAUUUGCAAAAUAAUUGGAUGUUUUGCAAUGACAAAGUCUGCUCAUGUUUUAGAGAUUCUCUCUUCACCACCAAAGAUUUGAGAGAGGGGAGGUCAUUCUGCAUGCAAGUCCUUAAAGCAGUUAAGUACAUUUAAAACAGAACAAUACUGAAACACAGUCCCAAAGCAUAAUAUCACUGUUUUUAAUUGAAAAAGCUUACAUCAAAGAUGAGGAUGUUUUCUAAUAUCACGGGACUGGACAAGGGAAAGAUGGUUUCCAUUCCCUGCAAAAUGUUUUCCUCGGUUUUUUCUUAAAUCUAAGAUGUGGCAAAUGUCUCCCUAGGUUAAGGGGUGAUUUUUGGGUCUUGAACAUUAACAUAUACCAAGUGUUUUGAGAUUCUGGAACAGAAGAUUCCCUUGGGAGCCAAGAAAAAUGAAAAAACAGUUGAAAAGAGAAGCAUUUGACUAGAGACACUGAAGUGAGAUGCUCACCAUUAGCAGUUCAAGAGGACAACACACUGGAAACCUAAAACAGCUUUCAGCAUGUGUAAACUUAUGAAAAUGCCCGAUGUGAAAAUCAUUUGUGAAACGUAACGCUUCUGUGCAAGAGCCAUUAUUUGUGUAGGUGUUGGAGCUCCUGACCCACUAGAGGGCUCUUUUACCCUGUGUAGCUGAAGAGGGAGGGCUUUGGUUUUCCGUCACUGUUUAUACAGGCUGUGUGUCUGCUAAAUAUCGACAAUUGUAAAUUAUUAUGUGGUUAACAAAAGGUAGUAAGUUUCAUUUGAAGAAAAAA